AAAAAGAAAAGAAAAAAAUUCAAACACAAGGGAUUAUUCUCGUCUUCUUCGCUGUCACACUUUCACGUCUCCUUCUUCUUCGACAAAAUCCCAUGAUUUUUCUUCCUUUCUUCUGACGAAAUCGACUCAGAAAUCUGAACAAUUGAAGAAGAAGAUGUACGAGUCACAGCAUUUCAUGAACUUGCAAGAGAACGCGAGCGGUUUUGGGGACCCAAAUUCGUGGCUUUCAGGGGAUCCGGGCUUGUCUCCGACUCACCGCCGGAAUCAGCCGUCAAUUUCCGGCACCGCCGCCAGAAAUGUCGAUCGCGACCUCUUCAAAGACCUCGUCGAGAUCGUUCCUCUCGUUCAGUCCCUCAUUGAUCGCAAAGCAAGCAGUUCGUUUACGCGUCGUGGUUCGGUGAUCUACACUAAGACGCCUUCAAGGGAAUCUCAAUACAGAAGGGCAUCUGGAAUAAAAGGGAGGAAUACCGCUCAAUCUAUCCCUGCAAGAAAGAAGAGGGAGCCUGGAGAGAGAGAAGGAAAGAAUGGAAGCAACAAUCCCGAUGCUGAAAGCAUUUCCCUUUUUUCUGCAAGGGCUUCAAUGGCGGAUGAUAGAGAAGAGCUGGAUCUGUUAAAGGGGCAGCUGGAGGAUCUGCAAAGGAAGUUGUUGGAGAAAGAUGAAUCUUUAAAAUCCGCAGAGGUUUUGAAGAACGAAAUGACUGCUAUUCAUGCAGAGCUUGAUGAACUAAAGAUCCAAAGUUCAGAAAAAGAAUCUCUAAUCAAGUCCACACAGCGACAACUUGCUGAUGCAAAGAUUAAGCUUGCAGACAAGCAAGCUGCACUGGAAAAGAUACAGUGGCAAGCGAUGACAUCCCAUACGAAAGUGGAGAAGCUACAAGAAGAGCUAAUCUCAGUUCAAGGAGAGAUUUCGUCAUUUAUGUUUCUGUUUGACGGGUUGCUGAAAAAUGAUUGUGCUCAUUAUGCUGAAGAUUAUGACAUUUCUCCCUGUAACGUGGAUAAUCUUCCUUGUAUUGAUGAUUUGGAUGAGAUAGCAAUGCAGAGAAUGGAGGAAGCUCGAGAAGCUUAUGUCGCUGCUGUUGCUGCCGCAAAAGAAAAGAAGGACGAAGAAUCCAUUGCUGCAGCUGCCAGUGCCAGGUUACAUCUUCAAUCAUUUGUUUUCAGAAAAAGCUCAACUGGGACUUUGUGAGAACCUCCUAAUGCAGUUGCAUGUAGUCUCUCGGUGCGGAGGGUUAGCAUUGGGAUAGUUACUGUUGGUUUUGGUAUAAUUUGUUUUUGGGUCAUUUCCCACUCUGCCAGUCUCUGUGAAGUGUUAUUGUUAAGAGUAGAACUUGUCAAGAUGAAACCGUCUGCGUUGUCUGUUGUGUUUUCAUUGUUGUAGGGCUUAAUACUCUAGUAAUACUAAUACACAAUGCAAAGGUUUUGUUUU